AUGCAGCUCACCACGCUUCUCCUCGCCGGCCUCAGCGCUGUCAGCGUUUCGGCUGUUCCCUCUAUGGGCGCCUCUUGGGUCCCCAACCAGGUCACUGUGAAGGAGGAUUACAAGGUGCCCGGCGACAACCCGCUGUACUUCUGCGCAGACCCCGCGGACUACAUCCUCCAGAUCGAGAAGGUCGACCUGGACCCCAACCCACCCAAGCCCGGCGAGAAGCUCUCGAUCAAGGCAUCCGGCGACUUCAAGGAAGAGGUCGGCCAGGGCUCGAAGAUGCAUCUGCAAGUCAAGUACGGUCUGAUCACCCUGAUCAACCAGGAGCGCGAUGCGUGCGACACCAUCGAGCAGGCGGAUCUCAAGUGCCCGCUCAAGAAGGGAGAGCUGAGCCUGACCAAGGAUGUUGAUCUGCCCAGGGAGAUUCCUCCGGGCACAUACACAGUCCUCGCGGAUGUGUACACCGAGGAGGGCGACAAGAUCACCUGCUUGACUGCCAAGAUUGCUUUCCACCGCAGCAACAACGGUGGAUCGAGCGAGAGUUCUGGUGCAGGUUCCGGCGAGGGCUCGGGUAUUCUCAGCUUCGGCAAUGUCAAAGUUGGCAGGCGGAAGUUUGAAAUGUCAGGCCCUGCUGCUGGGCUCGUGCAUCAAAGAAUGCAAGAUCGUUUACGGCAGCGAGAUGAGCUGUAG